UGAGGUCAGGGGGCGGGCUCUCAGGGGGCGGCUCGUUCUGAUUGGUCAGAUUCAGAACUUGAUCUAAUCAAAGGAAAUAUUCAAAAAGGUCUGGUCCAGGUCCGGUUCCACUCAGGAAGUCCUCCUAUCAGAUCCACACACACUUCCUGUCUCAUUCUGUUCACUUCCUGUCCCACAAACCGAGGGAGGGCCAGAGCAGGACCUGGUCUGGUCUCCGGGCAGGGACCAGUCCAGGGACCAGACCAGACCAGGGACCAAGGACCAGACCAGACCAGGGACCAAAGCUGGGGAUGGUUAAGAAUCGUCAAGAUCUGAACCAGGUCUAAACCAGGUCUAAACCAGGACCAAACCAGGUCUAAACCAGGACUAAACCAGGUCUAAACACCAUUUGACCAGAGGAGUGACGUCAUUGGAGGCGGGCCAUGCCCCUGUCCGUCAUCCUCCUCCUUGGCCUCCCAUUGGCCGGGGGCUGGUGGGUGGAACUAGAGCGUCUGACCUAUGAGGAAGCUCGAUCCGCAUGUUUCCAUGGCGACCUGGCCACCUUCUCCUCCAAUCAGGAGUUGAGCGAGUUGCUGUGGACCAAUCAGGAGCUGAGGAUGGCUCUGACCAAUCACAGCACAGCGUUGUUCUGGAUCGGACUCGAAAAACCCAAAGACCUGUGUGUGGUCCCAGGUCUGGACCAGAGAGGGUUCAGGUUUGUCGACGGGAGGCAAGACUCUAAGCUGAACACCUGGAGGGAGGAGCCACGAGACACCUGCACCAACAUCAGGUGCGGCGCUGUGGCUUUGGACUCUGGAUCCUGGGGUUUAGUUUCACAAAGCUGCAAAAACAAGAACCACUUCAUCUGUGGAUCCUCCAAGUCCAAGUCCAGACCAGGGACCGGGCCAGGGACCGGACCAGAGACCGGACCAGGGACCGGACCAGAGACUGGACCAGAGACCGGACCAGAGACCAGACCAGGGACCAGACCAAGUCCUGGAUCAUCAGAACCAGAGUCUGAACCAGUUUCAGAUGUUGAGGGCCCAGAUGGACCCGAUCGAUCCAGAGAUCCGGUCAGAGUCCAGACCAGACCUGGGCCCAGUACUGGAACUGAGACUGAACCUGGACUUGGGUCUGGGACUGACCCAGAACCUACUCCAGAACCUGGACUUGGGUCUGGGGCCAUGGACCCCAAACUGUCCUCAGAACCGGACCAAACCGGACCCAGUCUGGGACUCAAUCCAAAUCCAGACCCAAGUCCAGACCAGAGACCAGAUCCAAGUCCAGAUCCUACAGGCACUCCUGUGUCCUCUCCUGUCACUGAAGGUCUUGGUCCAGUCUCUGGUCCUGGUCCAGUCUCUGGUCCCUGCCCCACCCCUCAGGUCCCCAGGUCUCGCGCUGUGUCUCUGGACGACUCGGAGCCGGACAAAGUCUCCGUGGAGUGUUGGUCUGGAGACGUCCUCCUACUGCGCUGUGUCCAGGGAACAUGGACCUGGGCCGGACCAGACCCAAGUCCAGACCCAAGUCCAGAUCCAUCAGAGCACUGGGACCUAGCUCUGAACCAGUCUGGGGCAGAGUACCCGCUGGGGGCAGAGUACCCGCUGGGGGGCUGCCCUCCCUGUGGUCCUGGUCUCCGGUUCAGGGAGGGUCAGUGCGAGGACAUUGACGAGUGCUCGCUAAGCCCCGCCCCCUGUGUGCACGGCUGCGUGAACGCUCACGGCUUCUUCACGUGCACACCUGCGCCGCACUCGCACAUGCACGCACUCAUCGCUGUUGCCGCGGUAACACUGGCCGUGGUCGUCGCGGUAACCGUUUGGUGCUGCAUCCGGAGGAAGAGGAGGGACCAGAAACUGGACCAGGACCUGAAUCAGACCGAAGCCUGAAUCCAGAUCGAACCAGGACCUGAACCCGGACCUAAACCGGACCUAAACCAGACUACAGGAGGGUCUGAGGGUGGGACAUGUUUCUGAAUGUAAUAAAUUUUUUGUAGUGAUUUAAAGCAAACGGUCGAGUCCGAGGGCCCGGACCGCGGACCGUCAAGUCCACGGGUCUGGAGCUGAGCGUCUGUGGUCCAGACUCAGUCAAAUGAAGCUCAGCGAGGUCGCAGUUACAGCGGCGAAUCUGAGGCCAGGGCCAAGUUUUAAACAGGAACUGAUUUAGGAACAAAAUGUUGAAAUAAAUCGAGCGGGUUCAGAGGUCAGACUGAGGCCACGCUUUUUAUACACAAAGUGAACUGGAACCAGAGUCAGUGGAGCCCAAUCAUGCCCAUGAACACUUCCCGUUUGGUUCUAAUAAAAUAACUUUUUUUAAUUUCUAAACACGUUUGUACUGAAUAAAAGUGAAGCACAAAGAGAAAACGUUUGAC